UUUUUUUGUUUUAAAUUUGUUUACGGCCUUUCUUGACUUAGUACUUAGAUAAAAUAAUAAUAGAGAAAUUUGUACUUUAAAUUAUAUUAUAUAUUAAGAAAAUGUUCAAAAAUACAUUUCAAUCGGGUUUUCUUUCGAUUUUGUACAGCAUCGGUAGUAAGCCGUUGCAGAUAUGGGAUAAAAAAGUUCGGAAUGGGCACAUAAAGCGUAUUACAGAUAAUGAUAUUCAGAGCUUGGUAUUAGAAAUUGUAGGGACAAAUGUAAGCACAACUUUUGUGACAUGCCCGGCUGAUCCUAAAAAGACUUUGGGGAUAAAACUUCCUUUUUUGGUUAUGAUAAUAAAAAAUUUAAAGAAGUAUUUCACCUUCGAAGUGCAAGUUUUGGACGAUAAAAAUGUGCGCCGUCGGUUCCGAGCAAGUAAUUACCAAUCGACAACCCGUGUUAAACCUUUUAUUUGCACCAUGCCAAUGCGGCUUGAUGAAGGUUGGAAUCAAAUACAAUUUAACCUGUCCGAUUUUACACGACGUGCAUAUGGAACAAAUUAUGUGGAAACCUUGCGAGUACAAAUACAUGCGAAUUGCCGAAUAAGACGAGUUUAUUUUUCUGAUAGACUGUAUUCAGAAGAGGAACUUCCACCGGAAUUUAAGCUAUUUUUACCAAUUCAAAAACCUCAAAAAACAAUUCACACUGCAUGUAGUUGAUUCAAUUUACAUAACAAACAGAUAAUAAAAGGAAGACAGCAUCAGAGGUUAUAACGUUUCUCAUAUCCUGUAUUAAUGGUAUGAAAUUUAUUUAAUAAAAAUUGCGAUAUGAACUUGAUGAAAUAAAUUUUCAAUUUUUUGGAA